AUGGCGCAACAUGUAGUGGCGGGACGCAACUACAACUCGACUAGAGCUAUCGGUGAUGUGCUUAUUGGCGAGGACGUCGCCCGCCCUAUUAUUGAAGCAAUCUCAUCUGGUAAUGACACCGCCCUGCAAAACUUGCUGUUGCAGCCACAAUGGGUCAAGAUAAUGCUCGAGAAACAGCACUCUAUCACUUCCGAGUAUCGUCCAAGCGAAGGUCCGGAUGAUCCGAGGGAGGUGACGAUCAGUCGGAUUUCAAAUCUGGAAAGGGCUUUUACAAUAGCAGCUCGAAAUGGCCAAGUUACGAUGAUACCCAUAUUGCUUACCUUUGCAACCCAGCAAGGCAUCAGCACUUCUUCUCUCAUAACAAGAUCAUUGGUAUACAGGGUCAUUUUGCACGGACAUGCUGCUGUUUUCAAAGCACUGGCUGCCGCGGACCCAGAUAUCAUCCACAACCAGGCCGGUCACGGUACGUUUCCAAUCUACGAGGCCGUAAGGGUACGGGCUCCCGACCUGGUCGCAUUGCUGCUCGAACUUGGGGCAGAUCCAUUGCGUCCUGCCCAGCCGUCCAAAAGACUUGGGACCUACAACUCGUCUCUAUUGUCUCGCGGUGCAAUGGCUGAGGGACCACGUAUAACUGAGAUGCUGCUGAAGCAUGGUGUCCCAAUCCCUCAAACUAGUGCACUGCAUGCCGCUGCACGUUUUGGACAGCUCGAUACUAUGCGCGUCCUGCUGCAGCAUGGAGCAGAUGUAAACGAGGUCGAUCCAAAUUGGAGCAACUGGACGCCGAUGCAUUUUGCCGCCUCAAAAGGCCAAGUUGAGGCCAUGAAGUUACUCGAGGACGUUGAUGCACGCUCUGACUUGAAGGAUGCGAACGGGAAGACUCCCGCGCAACUGCUGGAAGAGUUCAAUACUGCCUAG